AUGGCACUCGAUCCCGCCACGCUUAGGCGUUAUACCGGAUGGUAUAAAAACGACAAGACAUCGGCCGAGCGCGUCGCGAUCGCACUGGACGGCGCCACUAUGAAGCUCCUCCGAUUCGAUACGAUUACUGGCGCGAUUAAGACCAGUUCCACUCUGUCCUUGGACGCAUCGACAAUGCGCAUAGGCGGCGAUGCGGAUAUCCGAGCGCUUUGGCGUAUAGAUCGCGAGUGCGUCUCGAUGAGUUUCGCAAUGCGCGGUGAAGAAGUCGGGAGCUUCUCUAUCAAGGGAGCUUCCUACUCCCGCUAUGAGCCUGAUAGGAAGAGUGCGCUCCUGGAUCUGCCUGCUGAGCUUCGACAAGCAGUGUGGAGAUACGUUCUCGCUGGGCCCGGUAGCUUGGUCAUUUCGUCGCCAAAAGACGGAAAGGUCGUCAUCCAAGACGUUGCUGGCGAGCGCACGCCGUACAAUCGCAUCGCCGAGAUCCACAAGGCCUUUGGCAAUGAAGCCAAAUUUCUCGAGCUCUCUCUGAAACAUCUUCUCGCCAAACCUAGAGAGGGUCUAUAUCUCGUCAACGUUCUCGAGCUCAGCGACUCGUGUCUCGACCGCAAGCUCCGCAAGGUCACAUACCAGACCAAUUGGGGUCCUGACCUCCUACCUCGUCGAGAGGUCCUCCAUGGCCUACUCAUGUACGCGAAGAAGAACGCGCACGUCAAAAUGAACAUCGAGCUCAACAAUUGGUACCUCAAGAAGGCGGGAGCCUACAUUAUUCGGGAAAAGUUCGUUAGAUUCGGCAUCGGUCUGCGAAGAGCGAUUCGAGGUAUCAAUGUAGGUACUUUUGAGGAGUCUGCCUGGAUUGUAUACAAGUGGAGGGGGAAUAAGACGGUGGAGGAGUUGAAUGCUCCUAAUGUAUCGUUUUGGCCCGCGCAAGAGGAGUUAACGGACAAGGAGUGGAACAAGGUGAAGACGGCAAUCGGUGUCAAGAGCUUCAAGGGUAUUAUGUCAGGGUGUGGUGUAAGAGGGCCGCAGGACUUGGAUGUCAUUGUUGAGCUGCUCAAGAGCUACUACCUCAAAGGUACAUAG